GUACGUCCGGGCGGCCGCCGGCGGGAGGCGACGACGGAACGAGGAAGCGAGGAAAGGGAGACGCGGCUAUCUCCCCUUUCUAUUGGGGAUUGGGGAGAUGUUAUUGGGGAUUGAGAAAAAAUAAAGGGGAAAGGGAGAUAAAAAAUCACUGUUGGAGCAGUUUUUUUCACCAUCAAUCCCCUAUAUCGAGAAAAGGUGGAAAGGAGAAAGGGGAAAAUCAAACUGUUGGAGUUGCUCUAACUGGCUUUAUUUAUUAUCGUUAUUAUUUGUUGUGUUAAAAUUUGAUGAAGGACAGCCUGAUGGAAAGUGAAAACCAUUGCUUCAUUAUUUACAGGAUCUGUUUUUGACAUUUGCACUCAGUUAUUGCUUGAUUAGUUAGCUGAAAUAUUUUAUUUAAUCUUUGCAUUUUCUUGGUUAGUCGAAAAUUGUAUGUCCUAAGAUGGGACUUGGGAGUGACAUUGCGCUGCUAUGUUUCUUCUGACACUAUUAUAGCAAAACAAAAUAACCAUUGUUUAAUCUCAUUUCUCAUUUGGGCCUCCUAUAUUUUAAGUACUUGUAAAACCUGAAUGAUGAUAACUUUAUCUGAUGGCCAUGCCUGUCUUCAAAAUUUUAGAUGUUUAUCUGAUGGCCAUGCACUCAGGGCCGGAUCCAGCACUGGGUAAACACACCGUGAAUAAUGAGUAUCAACCGCCACUCAAUUCCACAAUAGAUGAUAGAAACACAAAGAGGCCACAGAUUGAAUCAGACACAAUACAAUUGCUCGAGCAAGAAAGAGUUUCUGCUGAUGUCAAUGGUGCUCUUUGUUGCUGUGCACAAUCACUACAAGAGGAUAUACAAGCCAAUUCGGAGACUUGGCGCUUGACCUCGCUGUCGUCGCCGACACCGGGUUCUUCGACGGGCCCGUGCUUCCACCAGGAGACGCUCAACAUGUUCUCGGGGAUGGGCCGGUCGGUGUGGAAGGAGGCAUGCGCCACGCUCCAGAAUAUUCUAUCAGCUGCUGAGCCAGUCUUGCCUGACAACAAGGCCCUCAGGAACAAGUGUAUCGUUCCAAUGAGUGAUAUAGAGAUGGUCCACCCAAUCAUUGUUGGAGGCUACACAGACUUCUUUUGUUCCGUGCGUGAUGGCAGGAAUUGCGGGGUUUAUCUUCUGUCGGUUGCAGACUCCAGUCAAUCCAAAUUGUAUGCUACUAAAAGAAAUCAGGGUGCAUGGGAAGCAAGGACAUCUAAUGCUACAUUUGGCAAUGAGGUUCCUUCUGUCUAAGUUGCAAGAUACAAAGUUGAUUUCUGAACUUCAAUCUGAUGAGUCUACUAAUUUUAUCCAGGGUUCUCUUGGAGCACUUAUGGAGGAAGUUGUCAUGCUUACUGUGUAUACUAAAAAAAAGAUUUUUCUUCUGAUACUAUAAAAGAACUCAGAGCGUCUGGAAAUACAGUACUCAAAACGAUUACAGGGUGGAUGAGUGCUUCAACAUAUUUCAGAGGAACUACUCAAUUGUUGGAUCAUUCGGACAACCUUGUGAAAAGAAAGACACUUGGGAUGUUGUCUGAAACUGCCAGAGGAAACGGUUUGGUUCAGAACAAGCAAAGAAAAAGC